AAGCUCAAACUACCAACAACUCGUAAAACAAUCCAAAAAAAAAAAAAAAAAAACCAAAACCAAAAAAACAAAACAAAAGAAAAAAGGAAAAACAGAGACGGAAAUGCUGAGCAGAACGGCCACAGCCUCUCUUUCAGUGUCUGCCGUCUCUCCAAACCCAUUGAAGAAGUCCCUCUUCUUCUUCCACAACUCCAAGUUCUUGGGCUUCAACAACCACCUCGCUUCCAACCCUUUGCUCAAUUUCGCACGCCUCGCAUGGAACGGCAAUAAAACUUCUAGAAGAACGGAAAGCUUCAGAGCCAUGGCGUCUGCCCAGCCCCUUGCUGACGCCGACGCGCUCAUUGACUCAGUCGAGACUUUUAUUUUCGACUGCGAUGGAGUUAUAUGGAAAGGGGAUAAACUAAUAAGUGGGGUCCCAGAAACUCUUGAUCUGCUGCGUUCAAAGGGAAAGAGAUUAGUUUUUGUUACCAACAACUCAACAAAGUCUAGGAAGCAAUAUGGGAAGAAGUUUGAGACACUUGGCCUGAGUGUCAGUGAGGAGGAAAUUUUCGCAUCAUCUUUUGCUGCAGCUGCUUAUUUGAAGUCCAUAGACUUCCCCAAAGACAAAAAGGUUUAUGUGAUUGGAGAGGAUGGAAUCUUAAAGGAGCUUGAGCUUGCUGGAAUUCAGUACCUUGGUGGACCAGAAGAUGGCGACAAGAAGAUAGAGCUAAAGCCAGGAUUUCUGAUGGAGCAUGAUCACGAUGUUGGAGCUGUUGUGGUCGGAUUUGAUCGCUAUUUCAACUACUACAAAAUUCAGUAUGCCACACUAUGUAUACGUGAAAAUCCUGGCUGUCUCUUCAUUGCAACAAAUCGUGAUGCAGUAACUCAUCUUACAGAUGCUCAAGAAUGGGCUGGAGGUGGUUCUAUGAACGGUGCUAUCAGUGGAUCAACUCAACGUGAACCGAUUGUGGUUGGGAAGCCCUCAACUUUUAUGAUGGACUACUUAUCAAACAAAUUUGGGAUCCAAAAGUCGCAGAUAUGCAUGGUUGGGGACAGACUAGAUACCGAUAUUCUUUUUGGACAAAAUGGCGGUUGUAAAACUCUUCUUGUCCUUUCAGGUGUAACAACUUUGGAAAUGCUCAAGAGUCCCAACAACGCCAUACAACCAGACUUUUACACCAACAAGAUUUCGGACUUUCUGUCUCUCAAAACUGCAACUGUAUGAUAUGAUCAUGUAUGUUAGCACUUAGAAAAUGGUAGUACUGGCCCCUCUCUCAUUAUUUGUCUCUCAUUUUUAACCAUCUAUGCCAGUGUAUUUUUCGUUUUCUUUCAAAAUUUUCAAGGACCGGCAUUGUCUCAUCAGUAACAACAAUACACAAGCACAUCAUCAUUAUUACAUGGUUGUACCAUUAUCAGCUUGAUAAAUUGGAAGAUUUCCAUGUACCUGUUAAACAGUUUCCUAUGAAAAGUAAAAAUUUACCU